CCUCCCGCCGGCCCGGGGGGGCUCCGCGCUCCGGGGGCGCCGCCGCCGCCGCGAGGGGCGAACGGAGCGCGGCUACGCCGGGCCGGGUCCCCGCUGGCCGCCCCCCGUGAAUGACACGGGUGGGCCCGGCCUCCCCCGGCUCUGGUGACACCGCGAGGCAUUUCCUUUCCCCCGUCCCACUUUGUUCGGCUUGGAUGCUGCUGAAAGGGAGGGCUUGGCAGCGCCGGGAUCUGGAUUCCUCUUUCUAUGAAUAAUGCCCUUAUUAAAUUUUAACAUAUGAACCCAACAGGCCGGCCCCAGUUCCCGGCGCUUUCCUUCGCGGGCCCGUUCCCAGGCUCAGCUGGAGAGGUAACAUUCCCAAACACUGAGGCAGCCCCAACCUCUGGAUGGCCCUGCCCUGUCCCUUGCUCCACAUCCAGGAUGUUCCUCACGGGCGUCCCUUCCAGACCCCACUCCCGGCGUCUUUCCUCCGUGAGGGCAACUCCCACAGCGCUUGGCUGCUGCCUCGGGUGCCCAGGCUCACCACGAGGCGUGCUGGGGACAGGGAGAUUUUUAGACAAAAUGGAGCACUGGGUUUUUGUAGCUGCUGCUGGGGCCGGUGUCCCUGGCGCACAGGAUGCCCUGUGCCUGCUCGGGCAGUGCGGCUGUGGCUUCCCAUCACGCUGCUGUCAGGAUCAGCUUUCGGGGCACUCGUGACUCACUGCCCGUCGUGGGGUGCCGGCUCAGCCCUGACUCAGCUGCUGAGUCACUGUCUGUCUGUCUUGGCGGCCUGGCUGUCUGCGCCGUCCCUGGCAGGGCCCUGCUGAGCUGAGCUGUGCUCCCCGGCCCUCAGCAGGUGCCCGUCCUGCGAGGCAGCAUCCUCCCAGCCGCGCUGCCGGCAGCGCUGGCACCUUCUGGCUCCCAGCCCGAGUGGCUUGUGCAGCUCGUCUGCAUCAAACGUGCUUCGUGUGGGCCUACGUGAAAACAGUGCUGGGCUUGGGGACAGAGCCUGGGAUGGCCCUGUGUGCCCUGGCCUUGUGCUGUCUCUUCUCUUCCCCGGGAUGCUCUCUGGAGCUGGGAUGUUCCUCAGCCAGUUCCAUCCAAGCAGGUGUGUGGAGCACAGAGAGAACCUGGGCCCCCAGUGCUGUUGGGACCUUUCCCAGGGAGCUGUGUCCAGGCUGGGCCCUUGACAGAAAUGUGGUGGUGUGGGGAUGGCUGAUGUCCUGCAGUGCUGGGUGGGUGCACCCGAGGUGAAGGGACCCCAAGGCUCAUGCUCAACCCUCAGUAUGGGGUAUCAGGGUGAGCACAGUGUGGGGCCCUGGCUCUGGGGCCUGGGAUCUGCUCUCCAUGGUGUGGGCACUGCCUUCCACAUCCCCAUGGCCUCUCUGGCCUUUCCCCUGCCCCUGCGCUCGCUCUGCUGUGCAGGGACUGGGGCAGCCACAGCCCAGGGCUGCACUUCCAGGCGGUGCAAGGGGAGGCAGAUGCAGCUCUGCAUUGGGUGCUGAUGCCUGGGGGGCUGAGGGUCAUAGAGGGGCUGGGGUUGUGUCACUGGGGCUGGUGGCUUAGAACUGCCAGCCUGUCCUGGCUCAUGAGAUGAGCAGGGCUUUUCUGCAGGGCCCAAGGGCUUGGGGCUGCCCCAUCCUGCCUCCCUCACUGGGGCUGUGCCCGGGCUCUGCUGGGCUGCUCUGCAGCAGGAGAUGCUCAGCUGCCCCGUGAGGACACCCGGCUCCUGCUCCAUCGCCUCUGGAGCAGCGUGGGGGUGAUGCUGAGCCCUUCCAGGCACAGCCGUGGCUUUGCCCCUGCCCGGCAGCAGGCGGUGGCUGGGGCAGGGAGAGCAGGGCUCCGUGCAGCUGGAUCGCACCGAUCCCACGGCUCGGGCACGGUGAUGAGUGUGGGGCUGCCGGCGGCCAGCAGGGACCGGGCAGAGGAGGGGAUUUGCGGGGGCGCGGUGAGCGCUGUCCCCGCGGGGUGCAGCUGCCCGCAAACCGCGCCGAGCCUGGCGGUGCUGCCCGGUGCCGCUGCCCGGUGCCGCUGCCCGGUGCCCGUGCCCGGUGCCGCCCGCCGAGCGCGGCAGCCGAGCCCUCCCGUGCGGCUGGCGCAGAGGGGCCGUGGGCUGACGCGGGGGCUGCCGCUGAUUGGGCUCCGUCCCGCUCCCGUCAGCGGCCGGAAUGACGCACGCGGCCACGGCAGCGCUCAGCCCGUGCUCCCGCGCAGCCCGGCGGGCGAGCCGGACCGGCGGCCUGCAGGACCGGCACUCUGCCGGAGGGCACUCUGCAGGACCGGCAUCCUGCCGGACAGACGUCCUGCCGGACAGACGUCCUGCCGCCGCCGCCCCGCGGGCACCGCUGGGCACCUGGGUGUCUCCGUGGCCUCCACUUCCCCCCGCUGCCCUGCUCAGCCCUGCGUGCCUGCAGCCUCAGCAUCCUCAGCAGCCUCAGCAGCCUCACCCCGCGGUGCCGGGGCGGGCACCGGGAUGCCAGCGAGCCCCUGGGCUGUUGCCCUUGCACCGGGCAGGGCUGUGUGCAGGAAUCCUCCCUGGGUGGUUAGCGAUCUCCCCAGCUCCGCCAGCCUCCAGCAGGGCUGGAGUGACGGCAGGGCUGCCCUCUCCACGGGGUCAGGUGCCAGGCUGGCAGUGCCAGGCAGGCAGCGGGCAGUGCUGGCGCUGGCAGCCAGCCCCUCUGCUGCCCGCAGCCCUGGAGAAGGGAGCUUUGUUCUCGGGGCACCCAGCCCAGCAGUGGCCCCUGCUGCCCGUGGGCACUGGCACUGGCCGGGCAGCGGUGGGUGCAUGUGGGCAGGGUGGCUCUGUGGGUUUGGGGUGGCACAGCAGAGGAAGGGGCAGCCAUUCUGCGAGUCUUGGGCCAGAAGGGGGAUCCCAUGGCCAAAGGUCCUUGUGCUGCCCUUCUUCCCAUGGGGCACAGGAGAACGCAGUGGGGCCCUGAGGUGGGGUAGCCCCACACGGGGCCAGGGAGGCCAAACCCCAGCACUGGCAAGCCCAGAGAAACAGCCUGAUGGUUUUGUGGCACUGGAUCACUUUAUGUAUCCUCAAGUGAUGCCAGCAGAGGCAGAGGGCAGCAAGGGGACCUGCUGACCUUGCAGGGCCUCUGUCCCUCGAGGGCCCAGAGUCCUCACUGUAGGGAGGCCACAGUGGCAGCCCUGGGGACCUGCACAGGAGAUGUCACCAGUGGGGAUCCCACUGUGCCAGGGGACCCUCUGCUCCCACAGAGCACCUUCUUGCUUGGCCUGCCUGGGGAAGGAGCGUUUCCAGCAUUUCCCUGGUCCAGCUUGGAGAGCCAGUGCCAACUGUGUGCUGUGCCUGCCAUGCACCCCAGGAGCCAGAGAGCCUUGGCUCAUUUCACAGAGGGUCUGGGCCCCAAGCCUGGCUGGUGGCUGCCCGUGUUGGCAUCAGCAGUGGUGGGUGACAAGGCCAGUGGGAGCAUUGGCGUUUGGGGAGGUCUGGCUGCUGGUUCUUGGGCACCUGGGGCUUUCGUCCAUCCCCAUCCCAGGCUCUCCUCAGGGCUCCUCUGCUGCCCUGGCUCCUGGCGGGCGUGGAGCAGCUUGGCUGCGCUGCGGGGUCUUGGCGGGGAAAGCACAGCGCAGUCGUCCCCUCCACAAAGCCGCACUGUUCAGAACAAAUCCACCCAGAAUCGGGCUGCAUUUUUGUCAAGUGAUUCAUCAGCACGUGAAUGGAAAAGGCUGGAGCCCACUGAAGCAGCAGCCAUUCCCGCACGGGAGCCGGCGCUGGCUGCACCCGGGUUACACGGGCGGCGUGCGGGGCUGGGCUCUCGGGAGAUGCGGGGCCGGGGUGGCUGUGGCUGCGGGGAUCCCAGCACGGCACUGCUGACACAGACCUGGGCACUGUCCCAGGCAUGGCUGAGGUGCUGCCACUGUGGCUGGACAGCCCAGCCCUUCCCAAGGGAUGGGAGCAGUUGGGAAGGGCCCCAGGGCAGCCAUUGCUGCCCCAGCCCUGUGCAGAAUGAGUGCUGACUGUGACUGGGGAUGGCCAUUUUGGGAAACCUCUCCCCUGGUCCCUGCUCGUGUUGGUGCCACUGUCACCUUUCCAAAGUAAACUCUGUUGGCAUUUGCUGGUGCCCACGUGGGGCCGUGCCCCCCUGACCUUGAGCUUAAAUAGCCUGCCUGCAUGCCCCUACAGCCCGUGUAUUUAUAGAGUGUGGUCAGAUUCCUCCUCCUGCCCAUGCCAGGUGGGAGAAGCUCCUCUGUGCCAGGCAGUGGGUGACCUCUGCAUGUCCCUGGCUGCUCCCACCCAGCACCCUUCAGUGGGGACAUGGACCAGGACGAACUCUGUGAGAGUGCCCUGCUCCCUGUUCCCUGCCCCACAGUGCUCGGGGGGCUGGCAGGGCAGGGGGAGCUGCCCUUCCCUUGGAUGGGGGUGCCCCUGGCAGAGCAGGGAGCCCUGCCAGCCACUGCCCUGCAGCCAGGCCCCUGCAUCCUCUGAGUGCUGAGCAGGAGCCCUAGCUUUGGCACUGCCACUGUCCCUUCACCAUCAGCAUCCCUGGCGCUGCCUGGGAGCUUCAGGCCCUGCACUGGUGCAGGGAGCUGGGCACAGCUGGGGCUGCAGGUCCCAGUGCAGGGACCCAGGCACCGUGCCCAGCAUGAGCCAGCCCCAUGUCCCAGCCCGUGGGUGAGUAAGGGUGAGCUGGCUGCCCGCCCUGCCCCUGCAGGUCACUGCCACGUGCCCAGCCCUCACAUGCCAGAGCACACAUCCUGGGCUGUGACCGCAGGGACCCUGCCACAGCAGAGCCGUCCCUGGCUCCCUCGGCAGCCCCGGAGCCAAGUGAUCCUGUUGUGACCUUUCCUUAUCACCCACCCUGAGGCUGCUGCUGCAAUGCUGCUGGUCGCUGUCCUGCACGUGCCAGCCCCAUCCCUUUGGGGACAGCGGGUGACACCGGCUCUGGGGGCAGCCAGGCAGGCAGUGGCGUCUGCUGCGGGCAGUGGUGUCCUGUGAAGGUGGGAGACCCUGUGAGAUGCAGGGGCUGAGUGG